AUGCGCUCGCGUCAAUCGAGUUUUGCGUCUCGUUUUCGUCGGCUAAGUCGCCUGCAAGGGAGUUCGCACCGCGAGCUUUCCACCGAGCCACUCGAACAGCGGCAAAUGCUUUCGGCCGCGCCGAUCGCCACGAGCGAUACGGCUACUACGCUGAUCAACACCACCGUACCGGUGAACGUGCUGGCCAACGACGUCGAUCCCGAUGGCGUGCUCGACCCGACUUCGGUCGCCAUCGUCAGCGGCCCCAACAAUGGCAACGCGGUGGUGAACCCACAGAACGGGCAGAUUCUGUACACGCCGAAUUCGGGGUUUGUCGGCCAGGAAACCAUCCUCUACACCGUACGUGACAACUCGGGCGACCUGUCGAACGUGGCCAGCGUAGCGAUUGAUGUGCUGGCCAACGCCCCAGCACCCGUGGCGAUGGACGACCUGACCGGGACCCAAGAAGACACGCCUGUGACGAUCCGCAUUUUGGACAAUGAUUUGGCCAUCGGAUCGCCAAUCGCGCCGUCGACUGUUGAGAUCAUGACUCCGACCACGAAGGGCUCUUUGGCAGUCAAUCCUGUAACGGGUGUGGUGACGUACACCCCGGACGCGAAUGUUUUUGGUGUUGGUUUAGACGGCGAUGGCUUUUCCUACCGUGUUCGCAAUACUGCGGGGCAAGUAUCGAACAUUGCGAACGUGGUGAUCGGCAUUACCCCUGUGGGCGAUCCUCCAUUGACCAGCGAUGAUUUCGCGGUUGUAGCUGAAGAUAGUGUCGCCAAUCCAAUUAACCCCUUGGUGAAUGACGUGGCCGUCGAUGGGUCUAUCGCCCCUGCCACGCUGACCAUCGUGAAUGGCCCGACGAACGGAAUAGUUCAGAUCGUUGGUGGAGGCCUUACUUACACCCCGAAUGCCAACUACAACGGGUCGGAUUUAUUUACUUAUAUCGUGGCGAACGAUAGUGGUGACUUCUCGCUCCCAGCGACGGUCAAUAUUUUCGUCGUUCCUGCGAAUGAUGCCCCGGUGGCCGUGAACGAUCAGGGCCAAUUGUUCGAAAACACGCAAACGGUGUUCAAUGUCCUCGCCAACGACUUCGAUGUCGAUGGACAGAUUGACCCAACCAGCGUGAUGAUUUUCGACCAGCCUGAUAAUGGUGUGGCAACGGUCGAUCCAAACAGCGGGGCCAUCUUCUACACCCCGACCGCUGGCUUCUUCGGGAACGACUCGCUGACUUAUUUUGUACGAGAUGACAACGGCAGGGUUUCGAAUUUUGCCACACUUUCGAUCGAAGUACUGGAAGUGAACGACCUGCCUGUUGCCGCCAACGACAUGGCGUUCAUGAUCGAAGACGGUGGUCCUCUGGCCAUUAACAUUCUCAGUAAUGACUUCGAUCCUAACGGAACAAUUGUGCCUUCGACGGUUGCACUACAGAGCACAACAGCCAACGGUUCGCUAUCGAUCAACCCGGCGACUGGCGUCGCGACCUAUACGCCGACCUUGAACUUCAACGGCAUCGACACGUUUAGUUAUCGCGUGCAAGACAACGACGGCGGUUUCUCGAAUGUGGCCACCGUUACGAUCACCGUGCAGAGCGUGAAUGACGCCCCGGUUCUGCUCGAUGACAGCGUUGUCACCCCUGUAAAUACGCCCAUUGUCAUUCCUGUUUCUUCGUUGGGCUUCGAUGUUGAUGGCACGCUGGACUUCAGCACGUUGAACAUCGUGCAGAAUGUGACGAACGGAAACCUCAUCGUUAACAACGUUACCGGUGAGCUGACCUAUGUGCCCAAUCCUGGCUUCGGUGGAUUGGACUUGUUCACGUUCCGCGUUCGCGAUAACGAAGGUGCAUUGUCGAACCUCGCCACGGUAGAUAUUCGCGUGGGCGAAGCCAUCACCAUCUCCGGAUCGGUCUACGUCGAUCUGAAUGACAACGGAUUCCGUGAGGCGGGCGAAGCCGGAAUCCCCAAUACUCAAGUAACCAUCCGUAAAGUAGACGGGCCUGUCACCUUCACCGAGGUGGUGUUCACCGAUGCGAAUGGCAACUACUCGCUAAGUUCGUCUUCCGACUUCACCCCCUUGCCCGCCGGCGUUUACACCAUUACCGAGACGCAGCCCGUGCAGUUCCAGGACGGUAAGGAUACGCCUGGCUUCCCACCACCCGCCGGGCCGGUAACUAACGACGAAUUCUCACUAAUCACGAUUCCUUCGGGCGUGAAUGCUUCUGGGUACAACUUUGGCGAACGGGGACUAAUCCUCAACUUCUUCAACAUGGCCCUCUCUGGCCGAUUCUUUGCCAGCACAGUAACUCCCGACGAAUUCAACGUGAUGGGCGCUGCGCCGUCGAACCUGAACCUGGCGAACGGCAAUGUCUGGCUAGCCUUGAACGACGGUUGGGAUGGCACUCUGGAUCUUUCGGCCAAUUACAAUCCCGCUCAGGGCUCGGUCUCGAUGCGGCUGCUGGAUGCCAACUUGAACCCAGUGCUCUCCACGGCAACCAACACUGGAGUCGAGUUCAUCCACAAGGCCAACACCCCGGGCACGCCCUACAUUGUUGAGCUGGCGGGCACAAACCCUCACGUGAGCUUAACAGCGGUGAACAGUGUUCCGCAGGCGCCUGUGCUCCCCGUCGAUCGUGAAGACAGUGUGGGAACCCAUAAUCCUUCAACCGCCACGUUCUUCCUGCGGUACUCGAACGAUACCGGAGUGGCCGACGCGACCCCCUUCAACUAUGGAGCGGGCAACUCGAACUGGAUCCCGAUCGUGGGGGACUGGAACGGCGACGGUAUCGACACGGCCGGCAUGUAUGACCCAACCAGCGCCACAUUCUACCUCCGCAACGGGAACGAUUCGGGAACGCCGGAUGCUGGAACCUUUGCUUACGGACUGCCGGGCUGGGUACCGGUUGCCGGUGACUGGAACGGCGACGGUAUCGAUACGAUCGGCGUGUACAACCCUGCUACCGCGACGUUCUUCCUUCGCAACUCCAACUCCAGCGGUGUGGCCGACGUAACUCCGUUUAACUACGGCAUGCCCAACUGGUCACCCAUCGCUGGCGACUGGAAUGGCGAUGGCAUCGACACAAUGGGUGUCUACAACUCGGCUACAGCAACUUUCUUCCUGAGGAACUCAAAUACUUCAGGAGUGGCCGAUGUGCCGGCGUUUAAUUACGGUAUCGCGGGAUGGAUGGCGAUCGCCGGUGACUGGAAUGGUGACGGGUUCGACACGGUUGGUACUUACAACAUCGAUACGGCCACAUACUUCCUCCGCAACUCGAAUACCAGCGGCAAUGCCGACGUAGCACCCAUCAACUUCGGUCAGCCUGGCUGGUACCCGAUCGUGGGUAACUGGAUGCAUGAUGGGGCUUCGCUCGUAGCGGCAGCCGGAGAGGUCCAAAGCUCGGCAGUCAGCGAGAAGCUCUCGACCGACGACUUGAUGCCUGUGCUCCAAGAGGCCAUCGGUCGCUGGAUCGCCGCUGGAAUUGAUCCACGUGGGGCAGAACUGCUCUCGAGCGUCGAUGUCCAAGUUGUCGACCUGGCAGGUGCCCAACUCGGGCGAGCCUCGGGUAACCGCAUUCUGCUGGACAGCAACGCCGCAGGGCACGGCUGGUUUGUCGACUCGACCUUGAGCGACGACGACGAAUUCGGUCUGCUCGCUGCCGACGGCCUGCAGGCCACAGGCGACAGCCCGGCCGCCGGCCGCAUUGAUUUGCUCACCGUACUGGCUCACGAAUUGGGCCACAUGCUGGGGCUGCCCGACAUCGCAAAUCACGAUGACGCUGUAAUGAACGAAAGCCUGGCCGAAGGGGUUCGUCGAACGCCGACUGCCGCUGAAGCCGACGCAGCGUUCGUUGUGCGAAAGGAGAGCCGCAUCUUUGUGCGAGUUAUCCCAAAGAACACGGAGCGUGCAGCCAAAAACAAGAUGCGGAACCUACGCAAGAAUAAACUAGGCCAGCUCAACUCCAGGCAACAUCGAACACUCGAAGCACUGGAAGAACGACGAUUGCUGGCAAUCGAACCGUUCCAGUCGGGGUUCAAUAUCGACAUUAUCCCCGGCGACAACCUCUUUGAUGGCGAUGAGCCGCAUUUCCCCGGGGCUCUUUUCGCGAUCAAUCGCGCCGUGAGCAUAUGGGAGAGCGUAAUCCGUGAUCCAAUCACGGUAACUAUCGAAAUCGACAUUGAGGACAUUUCGCCCUUCUCUUAUAUCGUGGAGAAUGAAUUUUUACCUUCUGACUUCAACACGAUUCGCAACGCCAUGAUUGCAGAUGGUGUUCCGGAAGGUGAUGAAGAUAUCCUGCUCUCACUCCCCACAGCUUUGGAGUUCAACGCAAGUUUGCCGAGAGACUUCACGCUGAUCCCCAAUCAGAUCGCUGUCAACAAGGCAAAUGCGAAAGCACUUGGUCUUCCGAAUAUCAACGGCCAGCUCGAUGGUGUGGACGGAACUAUCACGCUCGAUCGCGUGAGAAAUGCCGUUGACGAUUUCGAUGGAGUAUCGUGGGAUUUUGACGAUCGAGACGGGAUCGGGGUUGAUGCUUUCGGAUUUACUCAGCGUAGCUUUACCGCCGCAGUGACCUCGGCAAUCGGCAAUGUUCUGGGAUUCAGGUCGUCGGUUGAUAUUAUUGGUCCGCAAAUCUUCGCACUGGAAGAAACUGCAUUUGCCCCGACGGUGCUCGAUCUAUUUCGUUUUGAGAAUACAGCCGCAGGGUUCGAUCCCGCCACGCCGGAGGAUUUCCGAACAUUCCCUCGUCAGUUGACUCCUGGUAGCGACCAUAUCUUUGACGACACGAACGAUGAGUGGCGACUCGAUUCGGACACUAUCGGCCCCCUCCUUACCGUUACGAAUUGGGAUUCCUCGGCCAAUCCCCCAAUAGGGGUGAUGCAAGGCGGCUUCUUUGGCGAGGCAGGAAAUACCUACAAUAUUUUCUCCAGGGCCGACUGGCGUGCGUUAGACCUUAUCGGCUGGGAUAUCGAAUCCCAGCCGUUAUCCGAUCUUGUAGGUGACAGCUUUGAAGUGGUUGGUUCUGCACCACUUCAAGCCGGUGAGUCAAUUGACAUUGAGUUUGCGAUUCGCAAUCAAUCCGAAGCGAUUGCCGGUCCUUUCAAUGUGGGCUUCUUCAUCUUUGAUAGUAAUGUGGACUUCAAUGGCCGCACCUAUCGUGAUUUGAUCUCUGCCGGACUUGCCGAUCCCAUUGGAGAAUUCGAUUUUGAAGGUAUGCUACCUUUCGACACGAGUGAUAUCCUUCGAACCUCGCUCGAACUGCCAGUCUUCUCGCCAACUUAUACUUUUGGUGGUGUAGGCGACUACAAAAUCGGGAUGGUCAUCGAUCCCAAUGCCGAAGUGUUUGAAUUGAAUGAGUUCAACAACACUGGCGUUGGUGAACUGUUCGAUUUCGAGACCGUGUUCCUAUCCCCGGUACCUUUUCCUCCGGAUGUGGCCGGCAACACGUUCGAUAUCACAGAGACUGAAGCUGGCACCGGCGAAGAGGUCACGGUCACAUUCGACAUUUCCAAUCUGGGUCAAGGACAAGCCGAGGCUUUCCAGGUCAAUGUGCUUCUGAGCCGUGACAAUCAAAUCGGCGCUGGAGACUUUGUUCUCGGAACCGUGAAUAUCAGUGGUCUGGAGCGAAAUAGCGAUUCGGACCUGAUCACGCGGACCUUUACUUUGCCGAAUGUGAAUCAUCCCAUUUGGUCUAUUAACGGUUCCGGCAACUAUUACAUUGGCGUGCUUUCCGAUGCCAACAAUCAAUUGAUUGAAGCCAAUGAGUUGAACAAUAGCGGCCUUGGCCUGGGGAUCGAUUACGAUGUGAUCGAUGUCACGGUUUCUGAUCCAAACGACCCGCCGCCAAGCCCGAACCCGGACAUGCGCGGCAUCGUUUUCGAUGCAAUUACCGACCCUGCCACGGCGGGGAGCACGGCCACCGUCAAUUUCAAACUCGACAAUAACGGCUCGCAGAACGCCUCGCAGUUCACCGUCGAUUUCUAUCUGAGCACGAACAGCACGAUCACCACCGACGACUUCUUCCUCGGCCAACGGGUGAUUAGCGGUAUCGAGUCUGGCAAAUCGACAGCAGAAUUGACGCAACUUUUGCAAUUGCCUGGGGCCGGCAACGCGUUCUGGAAUGGAACCGGCACCUACUACAUUGGCAUGGUCAUCGACCGUGACAACAACAUUGUCGAAAGCAAUGAGUCGAACAACAGCAACCGUGGCGUCUUGCUCGACAAAGACAGUCUAACGAUUACUGUUCCCCAGGUGCCGGCCGAUCUGCGCGGCACGAACUUCAAUGUGGUGCAAGAACCGCUGGAGGCAGGCGACAGCUUCGAUCUGCAGUUCACCGUUCAGAAUGCUGCCGCAGGCAACGCUGGCCCAUUCUCUGUCCGUUUCUACCUAAGCUCAAACUCGCUGAUUAACAGUUCCGACCGAUUGAUUGGCCAAUUUUCGUUCAAUGGUUUGGCAGGGAAUAGCUCCCAGGCCAACUCGGUGAACCUCACAUUGCCGACCGAUGCAAUCCUCUAUGGAAACGGCGACAACACUUACUAUAUCGGAAUGAUCGUCGACGCCGGCGGUGCCGUUGCCGAGUCGAACGAGAACAACAACAGCAACCGCGGGGAACUGGUCGACUUCGACAGUGUGAUCAUCACACUGCCCUCGCUGGGCGGUCAGGGCAAUCCGGGCUUCAAUGACACCAUCGGCGCCUACAAUCCAAGCACCGGCACCUUCUUCCUUCGCAAUUCGAAUGACUCGGGCGAUGCCGACAUCGACGCCUUCAAUAUCGGCAGCGGCGGCAACAUCCCCAUCACCGGUGAUUGGAACGGCGACGGUGUCGAUACCACGGGCGUCUACGACCCCACCACGGCGACAUUCCGCUUGAUCAACGACAACGCGGAUGGCAUUCCAGUCGAUAUCACAUUCGCCUUUGGAAUGCCCGGCUGGGUUCCCCUGGCCGGAGACUGGAACGGUGACGGGAUCGAUACCAUCGGGGUCUAUAAUCCCACCACGGCGACGUUCUUCUUGAAGAACACCAACUCGGGCGGCGUGGCCGAUGUACCGGCCUUCAAUUACGGCAUGCCCGGUUGGACCCCGAUUGUGGGCGACUGGGACGGUAACAGCACCGAUACCGUGGGGCUCUACAAUGCGGCCACGGCAACGUUCUUCCUCCGCAAUUCAAACAGCUCUGGCGUGGCUGAUGUGCCAGCGUUUAAUUACGGUAUUCCGAACUGGGUUCCCCUUGCCGGAGACUGGAACAACGACGGAAUCGAUACCAUCGGGGUUCACAACUCGGCUACCGCGACCUCGUUCCUUCGCAAUUCAAACGACUCUGGUGUGGCUGAUGUAACGCCGUUUAACUACGGCAUGCCCGGCUGGGUUCCACUUGCCGGAAGAUGGACCGACACGGUUCAGCCGCUUGUCGCUGCUCAGGGUGUGAGCAGCUCACCUGUGAACGCUCCAUCGCUCGAUAUGGCAGACGUUCAAACUCUCUUGAGCGAGGCGGCCGGAAAGUGGGCCGCCGCAGGUCUCAAUGCCAACGGCAUUGCUACACUCGCCUCGGCCGACAUCCGAAUUGCCGAUCUUCCCGGAGCCACCCUAGGGCUCGUGGUGAACGACCGCCUCUAUCUCGAUGUCAACGCCGCAGGGCAUGGAUGGUUCGUCGAUGCUACGCCUGGUGUGGACGAAGAAUAUGAACUUCUCGCCUCCGAAGGCUUAAAGGCCACCACCGGCCCAGCCGCCGACGGAAUCGAUUUGCUCAGCGUGAUCGCCCACGAGUUCGGCCAUCUGCUGGGUCUCGACGAUCAUGCCGACGACCCCGAUGAUCUCAUGUACGAGAGCAUCGCACGCGGCGAGCGGCGCAAUCCCACCGCAGCCGAGGUCGACGAGAUCUUCGCCGGCGAACUUUAA